CGUUCCUGCCCCGAAUCCUCUUCCACUUUUCUAGUAAUUGAGCUUCACUCCAUGCCUUCCUAAUCGCAUCGCGCACAAUUUUGGAGCAAAUCUCGGCGUUUCGCAGACUUACAAGUCGGUUUUCUCAUCUGCAAGUUGAGCUAGUCGGAGCUGGGUGUGUGUGGUGACCAGCGAUACGCUUCAAUUGGAGUUUUAGGGCUUUGCAGCUAUGGCAGGGGUCGUAAUUAGAGUUUGCACAACCUGGGGCAGAGUUUUUUCUUUAAUGCCGAGGCAAGCCGUAGGCGCUGUGAUAUACAGCAAUGUGGACGCAGCUCGGGGAGUGGGGCCGGUAAAAGGCGCUGAAAAUGACCCUGCAACUCGAGGGAAUGCCCCUGACGACAGACGUGCCGGUGAUAUACAUAUCGCGGAGCCUAAGGAGAUUACAAAGAAGAAAGUGGCCGAGGUAUCGGGGGAGCCUGAAGGCCUUCAGGUAGGUUUAGAAUUUGAAAUUUAUGUAAUUAGAUGUUGUCGUCAAUUCUGUCCAUUUUACACUGGCUUGAGCUGCUGGAAUCUAAGUGGUCUUUCUUCCAGUUUAUAUCCUAGAACAGAAUGUGUAGCUGGUGGACUCCUUCUGCCGUAUCACCUUUCUCAGUUUUGUUGAAAAGCUUCCUCAAGCCAAGCCCGUAAGACAAAUUCUGAGGGAACAUCCUCAUGUGGAAGGUAAUGAAUCAUUUUUUUCUGAAAUGGAUCGACAAUUUGCAAUUCAACAUACUAAGAUGCACAUUUAAAUGACCUCUCUUAGUGCAGUGAGUGGUAAAAUUCUGCACUGACCAAGUUCUGUGCUGCCUAAAUCCUGAAAUAAACAUGUCGGCAGUUAAUAUC